CCGCCUGUCACUCUCGGCAGCCCCUCGUCAUUCGGCCACAGAUGUCAGUGUAGGUACCUAUCAAAGGGUUCAUGAGGGAUGCCUGCGCCGACUUAAUCCACUCUAUCCAAUUCGCAGGCGCUUGCUCGGCCAGCUCUUGAUUCCUCUCGGCCCCCUAAAAUCCGAUGUCUUUUGCACCUUGAGACCUUAACGACGACGACGAAGACGAGAUUCUAAUCGCUAAGAUAGCUCCCUUACCUCUCCGCCCAAGGCCGCACCCGAACGCAACUACCGCAACGAUGGAGGCCGCAUCAGCCAGAGCUGCGGCCCGAGACCGCUGGGGCGAGAUGGGCUCGCCCACGCCAUCGCAGCUGCAGCGAUUUAUCCAGGCUGCCUGCAGUCCCGAGAAUUACGAGCCGAACCUUGCUCUGAACCUUGAGAUCUCCGACUUGAUCAAUUCCAAGAAAGGCUCCGCCCCGCGCGAGGCUGCUGUCGCCAUCGUCAGCUACAUCAACCAUCGCAACCCCAACGUGGCCCUCUUGGCGCUCAAUCUGCUCGAUAUCUGCGUCAAGAACUGCGGCUACCCGUUUCACCUGCAGAUCAGCACAAAGGAAUUUCUAAAUGAGCUCGUCAGGAGGUUUCCCGAACGACCCCCGAUACGGGCAACGCGGGUGCAGAUGAAGAUUCUCGAGGCGAUCGAGGAGUGGAGGAGUACGAUAUGCGAAACAAGCAGAUACAAGGAGGACCUGGGCUUCAUUCGGGACAUGCAUCGUCUUCUAAGCUACAAGGGGUACACGUUCCCUGAGGUUCGGCGUGAUGAUGCCGCGGUGCUCAACCCAAGUGAUAAUCUGAAAUCUGCCGAGGAAAUGGAGGAGGAAGAGCGUGAGGCGCAAUCGGCCAAGCUUCAGGAGCUCAUCCGGCGAGGCACCCCCGAGGACCUGCAGGAGGCGAACCGUUUGAUGAAGAUUAUGGCCGGUUACGAUACUCGAUCCAAAACGGACUAUCGCGCAAAGGCUGCCCAAGAAGUUGCAAAGAUUCAAGCAAAGGCACGGUUGCUUGAGGAGAGGCUCGAGGCGUUCCAGCAGGGCGAUACGAUGCAGGACGGCGAUGUCUUCUCCGAGCUCGCGGCAGCCUUGCAGAGUGCACAGCCCAAGAUCCAGAAGAUGUGCGAGGAGGAGUCGGAUGACCAUGAAGCUGUUGCGAAGCUGCUUGAGAUCAACGACAGCAUACACCGGACCGUGGAGAGGUACAAGCUCAUGAAGAAGGGCGAUCUGGAGGCUGCAAUGAAGGUGGCUAGCGGUGCGCCACUUCCAUCGACCUCUGGUUCGUCAAAGAGCGCGGCGCAAGAGCUAUCUUUGAUCGAUUUCGAUGGGGAACCGGAAACGAUGAACGGUUCGUCUUCGGGCCAGUCAGGUCAACAGUCCACCGGUGUCGAGAAUGAUCUUCUUGGUCUUUCAAUCGGCGAUUCUACAAGCUACGGCCAAGGAGGUGCUCUGGCGCUUGGUUUUGGAGCGAAUCAGAACAUCCCAGGUCCCGCACUGCUGUCUUCCGUAACGGAAAACAACAGUGCAAAGGGUACAAUGAGCAACAUAGCGACACCUCAAGCGGCGUCCUUCUCUCAAUUCGCGUCCUUCACGUCCCCCAUGGCAUCACAAUCUGGCACUCCCCAGCCUUCUGGAAUGUCCGCAUUUAAGCCCCCUCAGCAGCAGAUCCCGGCCUCAAACGAUCCCUUUGCCGCCCUUGGCUCGCCCGUGUUUUCCUCUAAGCCUGCUACUCCUGCUCAGCCGCCUGCGGUGACCGCGCCGCCCGCAGCAGCCACGAACGAUGACGACGAAUGGUCCUUCUCAUCAGCCUUGCCACCUGAGGCUCCUAGCCAACCUAAGGAACAUAAGGCGACUGUAAGCGACUCUAUCGUGAAGAUUGAGAUGAUUGCUGGAAGGUCUGGGGCUGGCAAUGCUAUGAACCUGAGUUUUGCCUUUUCGAACAAGUCUGCACAGCCCGUCACCGAGCUUCAUUACCAGCUCGCUGCAACAAAGGGUUACGAACUUGGUCUCAGACCCCAGACAGGGCGCUCAUUGGCCCCUAGUCAGAGCAGAGGUGUGACACAGUUCGUAGAAGUAUGGCAUGCCGGGGACAAGAACCGCAAAGUAGAGUCUCUCAAGCUGCGGUGGAGGAUUUCUUACAAGGUUGGAGCGGAGUCUAAGAACGAGAUGGGUGAGAUUCCCGAGUUCAGCAUCGCGUAGCGAGGCAGUAUCUCAGGAUGGAACUUUUGAAAAGGGCUGCAAUUAGAGCCUUGGAGAAUAGGAGGCACAUUCGGAGGUGCGAUAAAAGGGUUAUAGAAUCUACGGGGUUUAAGAUAGCCGAGAAAGCAGUGCCAAUUGCCUCUCCAUGAGCAGUGAAACUAAGUUCGCAGGCCGUCGUGUUCGUUACGCGACCGUCGAGGCAUCAGACGAUCAGAUCAAACAAU